AAUCGUGACAAUCGUACAAUUUGAAGGUACAAAUUAUAUUAUCAUUUUUAUUUAUCUCAACAUGACGUUUGAUACUCUGUCAUGUAAUUGGGCAAGAAAAAUAUUUAUUCAUGUUAUUCUCGGCUCAAUCGUUAUAUCAUCUGUCCUGCAAUAUUCGGUGGAGGCUGACGAAGUGCCAGCAUUUUUUUUAAAAAUUGCUAAAAACAUACCGCGAGUUGGACGAAGCGAUAAAUAUGAUGAUUUGUUUUUAAAUUCUGGGAAAAAUAUUCAUGGAAACACAGGAAAACACGAUGAUAAUAUAAAGUCUUCGACGUCUUGGCAAUCCCACGAAGAUUCUGAAAGCUUAGCAAAACCAAUUAAAAGACGUGUAGAUUAUUCACCACUCGAUCCUGCAGAAUCUUGGUCCUGGCAACAUUUUCCGCUUGCUAUCGAAGGACCUAAAGAACUUUGGCGAACUUUAGCAGGAUAUUCAAAAGAUCCUUUGGAAGAUAUGACCAAUGAAAUAUGGGUGAGAAAGAAAAGGACUGACGAGGAGACUUCAUUCUGAUUAGAAAAUUACGAAAUUAGAUACUAUCUAUUCUCUUUUUCAAAAAAAAAAAAAAAAUAUAUAUAUAUAUAUACAUAUAUAUAUAUUUCUAUUCGUAAAGGAUGAACGAAGAUAAAAUUAUUUAAUCAUAGUAUUUUUUUUCUCUUUUUUUUUUAUUAUACACACUUUGUGGUGUUGGGAAAAUAAUAGACAAUAAUAGACAAUAAUAACGUAUAUACACAUAACUAUACACACUGUAUAAGUUCUUAUGUAUAAUGAAUUAUAUAAAGUGUAAUUCAAUCGUAUAGUAUAGUAUGAUGUCCUUAAUAGUAUUCUAUAAAAAAUCGAACGUACUCUUUAUCUCCUUCUCUCUCUCUCUCUCUCUCUCUCUCGCUCUCUCACUCUCUCUUUCUUUCUUUCUUUAUCAACAUCGAUUCGAUCUGUCAAACUGUCCAAGUCGAUAGCUCCUUAUUUGUAUUCUAUGUAAGAUAGUAUGCAGGUGCUACGAGUAGUAACCCAACUGCAAUUUUCGUUGCAAUUCUCGUAAUAAUAAUCGUUUGGUGAAAAAGAGAAAGAGACGGUAAAAAAAGGGUACGUUUGGAUG